AGAAGAAGAAGAAGAAAAGUUUGCGACGACCGAUAAUAAUGUCUCGGCAGAGGAUUUCCACGGAGGAACGGGACUUCCAGGAACUGAAAAACGCAGCAGCUGAGUUUUACCGAGUCCACGGAGUCCCGCAGGAGAUCGAGAGAGCUCUGAACGAGGCGUUCGUCCUCCAGCCGGGAGACGUUUACGGACACCUGGCAGAUUACUUUGGAAAGCUCGCUGCACCAGCAGUGAUCAGCAGGUUAAGAGGGAGAGAGGUUUAUGAUGCCAGAGGACAACUCUCUGUUGAAGCCGAGGUCUUCUGUCGCGUCUGCAACAAGGAAAAGAGCAUGUCCUUGGCUGCUGUCUCCAGCUGUUUGCCACCUAAAAGGACUUUACUGGACUGGAAAGCUGAGAGUCAGGAGAGAGCUCAUCAUGUGAUGACUUCUGCCCAGUGGAUAAAUGAGCCCCUGAAUAGCAUGCUGAAGGACCAAAACCCGUGUGACCAAGCGCAAGUUGACCAAAUACUCAGGAAUUACUUAAUGACCCAGAUCCUGGAGGAGAAACACAAGCAGAACAGGGUGAAGCAGGAAACACAUCCACCCAGCAAACAGGAGGUUGUACUUCCUUCUCCUCCACCCACAAAGAAUAAAGACAAGAAGAACGCUGAUAAAGGAAAAAAAGAGCAACCAUUUCCUCCAGCAGAGCCACCAGAGCCAGUUCUGCAUGGAAGCAUGGCCAUUGGUUCAGUGUCACUGGCAGUCGCCAAAACUGGGGCCCAGGUGCAGGACGUCCCUCUCUACAAAUACAUAGCAGCUCUGAAGCACCACAAGGUUCAAACAGUUCCAAAACAGUUUCACGUCCCUGUCUCCAUGGUAACUCUGCUGUGCUGUGGGAGGACAUCUCCUGGAAAACUAAGUUUACUGGAGGAAGUUAUCCUGAUCCCCAAAGUGGGACAAACAGUCAAACAAACCAUCACACUGACCUUCGAGCUUCUGAAGGCGAUAAUGAGAAUAACAAACUCUUCAACAAAAGCAGGGGCAACUCAGGCUGUUGUGUACGACAGUGGAGCACUGGCCGUAAACUUUGAGCGACCCGAGCAGGCUCUGGAUCUGAUUACUGAAGCCUGUGGUGACCUUGGGCUGGCUCUGGGAACAGAGGUUCAUUUAGCACUGAACUGUGCUGCCCCUGAACUAGUGGACUAUGCUAAAGGAAAGUACGAAGUUGCAACAGGAGUUCUGAAAUCUCCAGAUGAAUUAGUGGACGUGUACCAAACCCUCAUCAGUAAAUACCCAGCGGUGGUGGCCUUAAUCGAUCCAUUUAGGAGGGAGGACACCGACCAGUGGGAGAAGCUCAGCAAUGCGAUUGGAGACUCCUGCUCAUUGCUCUCUGACAUCACCUACAAACCGCAGGCCCCACCCCUCCCAGGGGUCAAAGGUCACAUUUUAAAACACAUCGAUGCAACGACAGUCAGCGACAUGAUACGCAUCACAUCAGAUCAUCAAGGUUCUGUGAUGAUGGGAACAACCUACAAUGAGCCAUGCAGUGAUUCCGUCUUCUCAGAUAUUGUUGUGGGUCUGAGCCUCGACUAUGUCAAACUGGGAGGUCUGAGCGGCGCUGAGAGGAUGACUAAAUACAACCGUCUGAUUGCUAUAGAAGAAGAACUGGCCCAACAGGGAAUCCUAGUGUAUAAAGAAAAACAUUCCCGUCCACUGUUUCCCGAAGAGCCACCGGAGCAGAGAGGGUUGAGGGAAUGAAGCUCACAGCCUAAAUAUCUCAUCUUCACGGAUGCUCACUCAAAACUUAGAAGCAAUCUGUAUUAACAAAAUGUUAAACUUACUGCAAGCUGAUUAGAAAUAAUUGAGAGGCUG